UGCGGGUGUGGGCGCCACGCAUUCCUCAAUUGCUGGAACCUGAGAGUCCCCAAGGGGCUACCUGGAGUCCAUCUUCAGCGGCUCGGAAGUUCUUGCCGCCAGUUCCGCAGUUUUAACCGCCAGAAUUUACAAACAGGAGGCGCAGCUGAUGAUGUGGGAAAAACGCACACUCAACACUCGCAUUCAAACACUUAGCGGGCUAAGAGGAUACAGCAGCCGGGCCCCCAGACGCUUCCAAUUGAGCCUGCGCAGAGGCGCGUGCGGAGCGACCGAGAUGCAGUUUUCAGGAAUCCACAGGAAGAGGCUGAGGCUGGGUGAACAGAAGAAUGCUAGCUACCCUCAUAGCCUUCAGUUCUACCUGCAACCGCCUUCUGAAAACAUCUCUUUGAUAGAGUUUGAGAACCUGGCUAUUGAUAGAGUUAAGUUACUCAAGACAGUGGAAAAUCUUGGGGUGAGCUAUGUGAAAGGAACUGAGCAAUACCAGAGUAAGCUGGAAGCUGAGAUUCGGAAGCUCAAGUUUUCCUACAGAGAAAACUUAGAAGGUGAAUAUGAACAGCGGAGAAGAGAUCAUAUUUCUCAUUUUAUUUUGCGUCUUGCUUAUUGCCAGUCUGAAGAUCUUAGACGCUGGUUCAUUCAGCAAGAAAUGGAUCUCCUUCGCUUUCGCUUUAGUAUUUUACCCAAGGACAAGAUUCAGAGUUUCUUAAAGGAUAGCCAUCUGCAUUUUGAGGCUAUAAGUGAUGAAGAAAAGGUUCAGCGAGAACAGGAGAUUAUUGCCUCAUCACCAAGUUUAAGUGGGACUCAAUUGGAAUUGGAGUCAGUUUAUAAGAUCCCUUUUGCUGAUGCUCUGGAUUUGUUUCGAGGGAGAAAAGUCUAUUUGGAAGAUGGCUUUGCAUUUGUGCCUCUUAAGGACAUUGUAGCAAUCAUCCUCAAUGAAUUCAGAGCGAAGCUUUCCAAGGCUUUAGCAUUAACAGCCAGGUCGUUGCCCACUGUGCAGUCUGAUGAGAGACUCCUACCUUUGCUCAACCACCUCAGUCAUUCCUACACUGGUCAAGAUUAUAACACACAGGGGAAUACUGGGAAGAUUUCCUUGGAUCAAAUUGAUUCAUUUUCUACCAAGUCAUUCCCACCUUGCAUGCGCCAGUUACAUAAAGCCUUACGGGAAAAUCACCAUCUUCGUCAUGGAGGGCGAAUGCAGUACGGCCUCUUCCUGAAGGGCAUUGGUUUAACGUUGGAACAGGCGUUGCUAUUCUGGAAGCAAGAAUUUAUCAAAGGAAAGAUGGACCCCGACAAGUUUGAUAAAUGUUAUUCUUACAACAUCCGCCAUAGCUUUGGAAAGGAGGGCAAGAGGACAGAUUAUACGCCUUUCAGUUGUAUGAAGAUUAUCCUAACCAAUCCACCAGGCCAGGGGGAUUAUCAUGGGUGCCCAUUCCGUCACAGUGAUCCAGAGCUGCUGAAACAGAAGUUACAGUCAUACAAGAUCUCUCCCGGAGGGAUAAACCAGAUUUUGGAUUUAGUCAAGGGGACACAUUAUCAAGUGGCCUGUCAGAAGUACUUUGAGAUGAUACAUAAUGUGGAUGACUGUGGGUUUUCUUUGAGUCAUCCUAACCAGUUCUUUUUUGAGAGCCAACGGCUUUUAACUGGUGGUAAAGACAUCAGGAAGGAACCUGUUCAGCCAGAAACUCCUCAACCCAAACCAAGUGUCCAGAAAAACAAGGAUGCCUCCUCUGCUCUGGCCUCCUUAAAUUCCUCGAUGGAGAUGGACAUGGAAGACCUUGAAGAUUACUUCAGUCAGUGAUUCCUGGAUGCGCUAGCAAUCAUUUUUCACUCGUCAUAUCUUUCUUUAAUCUUUUAACUCCUCAUUCUAUGCUACCCCAAUUCAUCUACACACUUGUCAAAUUUGCAAGUAAAAAAUAAAGCCACUAUAUCUUGCUUCCACAAAAAAGGAAAAAGGAGUUCCAGUUGCAGUCCAGGUAAUUUCAAGACUGGUUAGAAUUUACAGGACAGGUAGAAACAUUGCAGCUGAAAAUCAGUUUUAAUUUUAACCCUAUGUGUCAUGGAAAUUUUGAUUUAAUCAUUUAUUAGCCCAUUUUCAUUAAUAAAUGUCAAAAUGUAUGUGGCUACGUUUGGUGUGAUUGCACAUUAGC